AUGUCUGGAUCGGGCCAUAAACACCGUUAUAAGAACACAGCUUUAGACAGUGUGGAGUUACGUCGAAGGCGUGAGGAAGAAGGAAUACAACUAAGAAAACAAAAAAGAGAUCUGCAGUUGAGUAAAAGGCGAAACGUAAAUGUCAACCAAGUCUUGUCUGAUGAUGACCCUUUGCUGGUGGAAAAUGACAUGUCAUCUCCCACAAUGCUGGGCAUUUCCGAAGACAUGGUUCAGGACCUCUACAGUUCAGAUCCAGCGCUUCAGCUAGCAGCAACUCAAAAAUUCAGAAAACUAUUGAGCAGAGAACCAAAUCCACCUAUUGACCAAGUUAUUCACACAGGAAUUGUUCCAUGUUUUGUAGAAUUUCUGAAAAAUACCACAAAUAGUACAUUGCAAUUUGAAGCUGCCUGGGCACUUACAAAUAUUGCCUCUGGAACAUCACAGCAAACUCGGAUGGUGAUUGAUGCUGGCGCUGUUCCUAUUUUUAUUGCUCUACUGGGAAGCCAGUUUGAAGAUGUCCAGGAACAAGCCGUCUGGGCUCUUGGGAAUAUUGCUGGAGAUUCCCCAGAAUGCAGAGAUCAUGUUUUGGAUUCGGGAAUUUUAGUUCCAUUGUUACAAUUAUUGGGAAAAUCUACUAGAUUGACCAUGAUACGGAAUGCGGUUUGGGCUUUAUCCAAUCUCUGCCGUGGAAAAAAUCCACCACCAGAAUUCUCUAAAGUAUCACCAUGCUUACCUAUUUUAGCCAGACUUUUAUUUCACACUGAUGCAGAUAUACUUUCUGACGCUUGUUGGGCUUUAAGCUACUUGUCCGACGGACCAAACGAGAAAAUUCAGGCUGUUAUUGACGCAGGAGUCUGCAGAAGGCUCGUGGAACAUUUGAUGGCUCCUCAACCAAAUGUAGUAUCGGCUGCCUUGAGGGCUGUUGGUAAUAUCGUAACUGGCGAUGACGUACAAACACAAAUAAUCCUUAACUGUCAAGCACUGCCUUGCUUGUUGCACUUGCUUGGUUCAUCUAAAGAAAGUGUAAGAAAAGAAGCAUGCUGGACUAUAAGUAAUAUCACUGCCGGAAAUCGAUCACAAAUACAGGCUGUUAUUGACGCGAACAUAUUCCCAGUUUUGAUAGAAGUUUUAUGUAAAGGUGAUUUUAAGACAAGAAAGGAAGCUGCUUGGGCCAUUGCAAAUGCUACAAGUGGGGGAACUCCAGAUCAGAUAAGGUAUUUGGUGAAUCAGGGUUGUAUUGGGCCACUAUGUGAUCUAUUGACAGUGAUGGAUAUAAAAAUCGUGCAAGUGGCACUUAAUGGACUAGAAAAUAUUUUGCGACUAGGUGAACAGGAAAGUAAGGCGCACAGUGGAAAUAAUCCAUAUGCUGUCCUUAUUGAAGAAUGCUAUGGUCUAGACAAAAUCGAAUUUCUCCAAUCGCACGAAAAUAUGGAAGUAUAUCAAAAAGCCUUCGAUAUAAUCGAACACUUCUUCGGCACAGAAGAGGAAGACGCAGCGCUUGCACCAGCCAUCAACACUCAACAAGAACAGUACCAGUUUAGCGCCGAUCAGUCAGUGCCGAUGGGCGGAUUUCAAUUUUAG